AUGUCUUCUAUAUCAGAUAUUCUACCCAGUACCGUAUUCGGUGGAUUAGUCCGCUGGAUAUCAAAAGGUCGGGUCUGUCGUUUUUCAGAAGAGAAACCCGAAUUUCAACUACCUCCGGGUUUUCUCGUUGUUUCUAGCUCCAAGACACCAAUGUCGGCCGACUGGAUGAACCAGGAAAAAUUGAGCAAUGAGAACUCGAAUGUUGAUACACGCUCAAUAAAUUCAACGCCUACGGGGAUCCACCUCAAAGGCACAUUCGGAAGUGGAAGUACUAUCUUGGCCCCCUGGUAUGAUACUCGAGACCAGGGCAACCCACAGUGUUGGCCAUUGUGGAUCAAGAUCAUGGUUUACAUCCAGAUUAACUUCUAUACUUUCAUUGUUUAUAUGGCUUCUUCAAUAUUCACGGUCGCGGAGCCUGAUUUUAUAGAUAGCUACGGGGUACCUGCCACGGUAGCUUCACUUGGCCUGGCGCUUGUUCUCCUUGGAUAUGGAAUUGGUGCCUUGCUGUUCAGUCCAUUAUCCGAGAUCCCAGAUGUUGGUCGCAAUCCACCAUAUGUGAUAUCCCUGUCAAUUUUCGUCCUUGUCAGUGGAAUUGCUGUUUCUGUGGAUAACGUGCCCGGGUUCCUUGGUCUGCGCUUUCUACAGGGCUUCUUUGGCUCACCAUGCCUAGCAACAGGGGCUGCCUCUUUGGCGGAUAUCACGGACCUGGUCAAUCUCCCGUUUGGUCUGUGGAUCUGGGGUACAUGUGCCGUGGCGGCCCCUGCCGUGGCGCCAUGUAUAGCUGGAUUCAGCACCAUGGCAAAUGGAUGGAGAUGGUCAAUGUGGGAGAUUAUCUGGGGCGCAGCUCCAUGUCUAAUUAUUAUGCUCUUUCUUCCCGAAACUUCAGCGGCUACCAUUUUGCAUAAACGGGCGGCACGUCUAAGAGUCUUAACCGGAAAUCCAACUUUCAAGUCACCAUCUGAGCUUGAGGGCAUUAAAUAUUCAACCAAUUCAAUCAUCCAUGAUGCACUGGUCAUGCCUUGGAAGAUCAACGCUUUGGAUCCAGCAAUUCUUUUCACAACCUUGUACACAGCCUUGGUUUACGCUAUAUUCUACUCAUUCUUUGAGGUAUUCCCACUUGUUUAUCAAGGCAUAUACAAAAUGGACUCUGCGCAUAUGGGCCUAGUGUUUCUAGCAGCAAUAAUUGCUGUCCUUUUCGUGAUGCCAUUCUACUGCCUUUUUGUUCAUCAUUUCAUCGCCAAUCCCAUGAGAAAUGGCACCAUCCCACCUCCCGAACGAAGAUUGAUUCCUGCAUUAUUCAUCUCUCUCUUUGUCCCGGCGGGGAUGUAUCUUUUUGCAUGGAGCUCUCAGCUCGAUAUCCAUUGGACUGUGCCCACUGUUGGAUUCAUGCUUAUCAUUAUGGGCGUGAUUACGAUCUUACAGUGUAUAUUUGGCUACAUGGCAGUUGCAUACCCCAUUCACUCGGCGAGUUUAUUUGCCAUGAAUGACUUUGCACGGUCGACUUUGGCAUUUGCUGCGAUAUUGUGGUCGGAACCCUUGUACCGAAAUCUUGGUGUCGCAAAGGGAACUAGCUUGAUUGGGUCAUUGACGGUGCCUUGUGUUUUUGGAAUUUUCACUUUGUAUUGGCUUGGGCCGAAAUUGAGAAAACGAAGUCAAUUUUCAGGGCAAUCAAGUUGA